AUGUUUAAACGUUCUACUUAUGAGGCUAUCUAUACACUGGACCCUGCCAAGAACAAUGAAACACUUAAGGCUGCACUGUUAAGUCUCGAUGAGGUGUACGAUGUCAAAAUUUUGGAUGACAAGCGGCGCAUAAUAAUAACGGCGAAGAUGAAACCGGAAGAGAUGAUAAGAUACAUGCAGACGUAUUUGGAUAUAAAUGCACACUGUGAGUCUUCUUUGAAGAUCAAGUCAUCCAAAUCCAAAUCCAUGUCCAAAUCCAAGGGUGCUUCUUCUUCCUCUGCUGGCGGCGCAAAUGAAGAAGAAGACUUCUUCGAUCCUCUCCCACCUCCCCGUCCUCCUCCAUCUGCUGUAUAUGAACAACGUCCUGUUGAUUUUCCAAUUGGCCCAACUGACCAAUUUAUUUCGGUGCAGUAUCCCCCAUAUAACAACAACAACACUAAUUAUGAUCAACAUCAAUAUGCCUCUGGAAAUAACUAUCCGAAUCCAUACCUUGAUUAUAAUAACAAUCAGCCUCCUCAGUAUUCUUCUUCUUCUUCUGAUUAUUAUAAUAACAAUCAGCCUCCUCAGUAUUCUUCUUCUUCUGAUUAUUAUAAUAAUUAUAAUCAGCCUCAGUAUUCUUCUUCUUCUGAUUAUAAUAACAAUCAACCAGCUCAGUAUUCUUCUUCUUCUGAUAAUUAUAAUAACAAUCAACCAGCUCAGUAUUCUUCUUCUUCUGAUUAUAAUUACCAGCAGCCACCAUCGACUGGGGGAAAUCAGAUGCCAUAUAACAACAAUAACAUGGGUGGUCACGGCGGCAGUGGCAGUGGCAGUGGCGGCGGCUAUAACAAUAAUGAUCAGAAUCCAGAUGGUUGCUUCAUUAUGUGA